CCAGUCCCCCAUCCCUCCCUCUCUCGGCAUCCCCAUCCCCCAUUCCGCGGUGUUCCCAACGCCGCUGCAAGCUCGAAAUCGCUGUAGUGAGAAGCUAGAGCACCGACACCGUAUACAUUGCCAGUGCCAGCGAGUUUGAAGAUACCUGAACAAAAUAAGGAAUUUAGAGAGCAACAUUUGUCAACCAGACAUUGAUUUGCAUAUCCACUCCCACCUCUUCCUCAUUUGCAUACAGCGAGAAUGGCGAGCGGGCACCCCACUGACAAAUACAGUUUCAUGUACCAACCAGACACGCACAAGAGUAAGAACAGAUUACCCAGCAGUAUGAAUCCCGUCUACAGUCCUGUUCAGCCUGGAGCUCCGUACGGUAACCCCAAGAACAUGGCCUACACAGGCUACCCAGGAGGUUACCCUACUGCUGCUCCCACCUACACACCUAACCUCUACCAAACGGGUAGUCCAGGGUACCCACCAGGAUACACUACAGCGGGUACUCCGUAUAAAGUGCCCCCCACCCAGACGAACGGAGCCCCUCCGCCAUACUCCCCCUCCCCCAACCCCUACCAAACAGCCAUGUACCCCAUCAGAAGUGCCUACCCCCAGCAGAACCUGCAGAGCAUGCAGAACCUGCAGAGCAUGCAGAACCUGCAGAACUUAUAUGCACAGGCAGCAGCGUAUUAUGGCCAGCCAGUGUAUGCGGCCCAGCCCUAUGCGUAUUACACCCAGCCUGUGUAUGCUGCUCAGCCUCAGCCUCAUGUAAUCCACCACACCACAGUGGUUCAGCCAAACAGCCUGCCCUCAGCCCUCUACCCCGCCCCGGUCCAAGCCCCUAGAAACAACGGAAUGGCUGCCAUGGGGAUGGUUGCCGGGACCACCAUGGCUAUGAGUGCAGGAACCCUGUUGACCACGCCUCAGCACGCUCAGCUGGGUGCUCACCAACACGUCACCAUGCCACAGUACCGGUCCCAGGGCACACCUGGUUACAGCUAUGUCCCUCCCCACUGGUAGACCCCGCCCCCGAGAGAUCUGGAGUCCAACGUAUGCAACUACUCCAGUCUUACACGGGCUUCUUAUGGUCACCAUGGCAACCUCACAUCUGUCUGCAACAACAAAACUAAAGAGCAACGGACACUUGCUGCAUUCUGUAGUGUUUUAUAAAAGCUUUUUUUUUUACACAAAUCUUUUCUUCUUCUUUGAUUUGCCAAUAUGUCAAUUUAUUACGUUGUUUUCUUUUGUUUGUUUUAUUUAUUUCAUUUUUAUUAUUUUUUUAUUUUACAUCAUUUCAAUUUUUCCAUUGUCAUUGGAACUCCAGAGUGAUUGACCAAUCAUGGGUGUCUGUUGCUCUGCUUGUGGUCCGUGUUCUGUUGGUGGGGUCCAGAUCCAAUGGUGGGAAUGUACUGGACACUUCCACCACCACCUUCAUCAUCACGCCAUCAUCAUCAUCAAUUUAUGCUGCCAAAUUUUCUAACGAUUAGAUGUCAGCACAGGGUUUUGAUUUCAUUGAUUUCUGUUUGUUUUAACCCUUUAAUUUUCCAACAAAGCACUGUGUUGGAACAGUAUACCUCUUUUCUCUUUGUUCACAAUCUCUGUUCCACUUCUCCUUCUGAUCUGCAGUUCAUCUUCCACUUCUGAUAACAAGGGUUGUCUUCCAGCUGCUAGCUGUUUCUUAGAUCUGUAACGUCUAGAUCCGCUGUCUGACUAGAUCUGUAACGUCUAGAUCCACUGUCUGACUAGAUCCGCUAUCUGACUAGAUCUGUAACGUCUAGAUCCACUGUCUGACUAGAUCCGCUAUCUGACUAGAUCUGUAACAUCUAGAUCCACUAUCUGACUAGAUCUGUAACAACUAGAUCUGCUGUCUGACUAGAUCCGCUAUCUGACUAGAUCUGUAACGUCUAUAUCCACUGUCUGACUAGAUCUGUAACGUCUAGAUCCACUAUCUGACUAGAUCUGUAACGUCUAGAUCCACUGUCUGACUAGAUCCGCUAUCUGACUAGAUCUGUAACGACUAGAUCCACUGUCUGACUAGAUCCGCUAUCUGACUAGAUCUGUAACGUCUAGAUCCACUGUCUGACUAGAUCCGCUAUCUGACUAGAUCUGUAACGUCUAGAUCCACUGUCUGACUAGAUCCGCUAUCUGACUAGAUCUGUAACGUCUAGAUCCACUGUCUGACUAGAUCUGCUAUCUGACUAGAUCUGUAACGUCUAGAUCCACUGUCUGACUAGAUCCGCUAUCUGACUAGAUCUGUAACGUCUAGAUCCACUGUCUGACUAGAUCUGUAACAC